AUGGUGUUUCUCGGGUUGCAGGUGUGGGUGAAAGAAUUCAGUUAUUCGAAUCUUGUCAUUGAUGGUAUGGAGAAGGUUUGUGACAACACUGGCGAAGAUCCUACAUGCAGCAGAUCAGUGAAGGGAAUUAGCAUUUCUGACCAUUUAAGGUACUUUGGGGUGGAGUUAAAGGGUUAG